AUGAAGAGAGCAACUUCCGCUGAGCGGGAAACCCCCAAGAAGCGCCGCAAGUCGCGAGCUCCCUGCACCACUUCGCCCUCGUCGCGUCUGGGCACGAGCAAGUCUCUGAGUAUUGGAGAAGCCAAGGCGUCCUCGGAGCUGUUUCAAAGGGUUAUCCAGAGCCGCAAGAUGGACAAUCUCAAGGAGCCCUUCCCCACUGCGCAUUCUGCACUCGAACCAGCAGCGGAGCUGCUUGAGACUUCGUCAGCUUCCAGCCCUCCCGAGAACCUGGAAAGCAUUGUUCAAAGGCUUCCCCCUUCCUCUGGAUCCGCAGACAUGGAUAUGAGCGAUGAUGAAGCAGCCCUCCGCGGGAAAAGUACAACCUCGCGCGCUGCCUCGUCCGACAAGAAGCGAGACAAGGAAGAGCGUGAGCAGGAUGACGACAAAGAGACCUUGAAGACGAUCGAUGAAUCCACAUUUGAGAAGAAGUCAGACAAGGACGGGGACCAGACCGAGAUAAAGGAGCUCGAAAUCGUUGCACCAAAGACCCCAGAGCCAAAAAUGGGUCCCGACGAGCCAAAGUCUGAAGAUGUCAAAGUUGUUGCAACACCGCGCCGAGGCUCGGGUGCAUCCGCCGACGACGCCAUGGAGCUCGACCCCAGCCCCUCUGCACAGCUAGAGCGCGAGCACCAGCUCAGCCAGCAAGUCGUCAGCAGCCAAGCCGCCAGCAGCGAAGACGGCAUGCCGGAGGUUGGCACUGUCGUCACCUCUAAAUGGGUUCUCGAGAAGCUCGCCAGCCUCACGGCGGACACGCUCUCCUCCGGCCGUGAUGCCAUCGUCCAGGAGCUGCAAGGCAUGAAAGCCGAGAUUGAAAAUCUCCCCAGGGCCGAGAUGCAGUCCCAGCACGCGGCCAACCCGGCCGCGCAGCGCCUGCAGAUGGUCGAAAAGCUUAUCGCGCCGCAGCUCACCAAGCUGCCGCCGUACGCCUGGCGGGCCUACAAGUCCAAGCUGCUGCGGCUGUGCGCGGGGUCCCAGAUCCACAACAUGGACCACCGGCAGCGGCUGGAAAAGGUCAAGGAGAUUGUCUACAUGCCCGAGGAGAUGGAGCUCGUGCGCAAGGGCGACACGGAGCGCAUAGCGUGCGCGGUUCGCGUGUGCGCCACCGUGACGGAGAUUCUGGGCCGCGACGACGAGAUUGUGCCCGAGGAAAUGGCGGAGUGGGUGACGGCGCAGCUCAAGGACUUAGUGUGGAAGGUCAAGGUCACGUCCGUUUGGCGCAAGUACUGGCCGGACGCGAACGACGUGGUGGCGGCUUGA